AUGAAAUUGGUUGAUAUUCUAUUCGUGCUGACUGCGGCAGCAACUGCCAAUGCAAUACUAAUCCCGACUGGUAACAAUGGCUCACCCAAAGCAUCAGUCACUUCCAGUCAAGUGUCUGGCCCAACUGAUGAACCUAAUACAGGAACUUCCGACGACUGGCAAAGUAUAGUGGAUGCAAUUAAUUCAGACAUUCUCGAUGAAAACUGGAAAUACCUAUUUGAUUCGACUGAUUCAGACCAAGACUGGCAAAGUAUAGUAGAUCAACCCAGUCCAAGCACUUUCAACCAAGAACUUGACCCAAUUGAUGAACCCAAUUCAAAUAUUCUCAAAGGCUGGCAACAAUCAAUUGAUUUAGUUGAUCCGAACACUCCUAAACGAGCUCAAAAACAACCAAUUGAUGAACUGGGACCAAGCAUUUCCGAACAAGAUUGGCAAGAUAUAAUCGAUAAGCCCGAUCCAGGCAUUCCGAAAGACUGGAAAGGCUUGAUUGAUGCAAUCAAUUCAAAAAACUCUAAAGAAUACUGGCAACAACCAACUGAUGAACCCGAUCCAGGAAUUCCCGACAAAUACUGGCAACGUUUAAUAGAUGAAGUUGAUUUAGACACUUUUGAAAACUGGCAAGAACUGUUUGAUAUAGCUGAUCCAAGUACUUCCAGUCAAGACCAACAGCAUUCAAUGGAUACAAUUGAUUCAAGCAUUAUCAACGAAUACUGGCAAGACCUAUUUGAUAUAGCUGAUUCAAGCACUUCCAGCCAAGUUUCUGGCCCAACUAAUGAGCCUAACCCAGAUAUUUCCAAUCAAACCCAGCAACAACCAGUUAAUGAGCUUAGUUUAGAUAUUUCAGACCAAACCCAGCAACACCCAAUAGAUGUAAAUGGUCCAAGCACUUUCAAACGAGGUCGGAAACGGCCAAUCGUUAAAACCAGUCAAAGCACUUCCAGUCAAGCGCCUGGCUCAACUAAUGAACACAGUUCAAACACUUCCGGAAAAUAUUGGAAACUAUUAUUUGUUGUAAUUAAUCCAAAUAUUCCCAUUAAAUACCCAAUCAGUCGAGUCGGUCCAAGUACUCCCAAACGAAGUCGGAAACGGCCAAUUAAUCGAGCCGGCCCAAAUGCUCUCAAACAAGGUCAGAAACAACCAAUCGAAAAAGACGGGUCAGGAAAUACUGUUACAGAUCAAGUGACUGUAUUAAGCAAACAGGAUCAGAAAACAUUUGAUGGUAUAAAACAAAGGGUUAAAAUAUUCAGAAAAAUAGCAAAAGAAAAACGCCAAGCCUAUUAUAAAUAUAAAGCCGUUAGAUUGGAACAACAUUCAGCGUUAAAAGGGGGAAAAGUGAUUUAUGAAUCAAUGCACAGCUUAAAAGUUGAAACCCAAUUGAAACAAGAGUAUAAAAAAGCAGGCGUGAAAGUAUACAAUUUAAGACAAAAAUUGAAGUUUUUUAUGAAAAAAUAUGGUUUGAAAUUUGAAGAACCAGAAUCAGAUCCAGAUUGA